AUUCUAGCUAGCUACCUCAAAAAAGAACUAAACAUAUUCAGGUAUAAAUAUGUGUAUCAAGUAACCAACGAAGCCAUCAAGUUAAAAGAACUCAUAGAAAAAAGAUCACGAAUAUGGGUGACACCAACAUAGCCGACAAUUGGCCGGAUCUCAGUGGAGAUCAAAACUGGAAAGAUUUACUGGAUCCUCUAGACAUCAAUCUCCGUCGAUACAUAAUUCAUUAUGGAGAAAGGGCACAAGCAACCGGCGACGCCUUCAACUCUGAAAAGGUGUCGAAGAAUGCAGGAAGUUGCCGGUACGCAAAGAAGGAUCUCUUUGCUAAGGUGUUUUUAGAGCAAGGCAAUCCAUUCAAGUACCGCGUGACCAAAUAUCUCUACGCGACAUCCUCAUUAAUCCCUGUUCCCAUUGCAUGGUUCAAGGAGACCAAUUGGAUGGGGUACGUAGCGGUGGCCACGGAUGAGGGGAAGGUGGCUCUGGGGAGGAGAGAUAUUUUGGUUGCUUGGAGAGGGACAAUAGAGGCCUUGGAAUGGCUAGAUGACUCAGCAUGUACUUUGGUUCCGGCUUCGAACAUAAUCGUAAAUCAGAAGCAUGAUCCAAAGGUGCAUGCGGGGUUUUACUCCAUCUACACUACUGAUAAUCCAAGUUCACCAUUCAAUGAUAAAUCCAGCGCCAGAGACCAGGUUAACGCUGAGAUCAAAAGGCUCGUGGAAGAAUACAAGGACGAAGUCAUCAGCAUAACCGUUGUUGGCCACAGCUUGGGAGCAGCGAUCGCAACCCUAAACGCAGUUGACAUAGUUGCCAAUGGACUGAACAUAUAUCAAGGUCAACCAAACAAGGCCAUUCCAGUAACAGCCUUCGUGUUAGCAAGCCCUAGGGUUGGAGAUUCUGGCUUCAAAAAGGUGUUCGUUGGACUCAAUCAUCUCCGAAUCCUACGCAUUCGCAAUGACAGGGAUAUGGUUCCAGAUUUACCUCUUACUUUACCUCCUUUGUUUGAUUACGCUGAAGUAGGCGAACAAUUGAAAAUUGACACGACGAAAUCCGAGUACUUGAAAAGUCACUGGGUUAGAGGGAGUCCAACUCUGCAUAAUUUGGAGGCGUAUUUGCAUGGAGUUGCGGGAACACAAGGCUCGGAAGGAGGAUUUCACUUGGAAGUUGAUCGCUCUUACGCCCUUGUUAACAAGUCGUUGGAUGGUUUGAAAGACGAAUAUGGCAUACCCGUAUCAUGGUGGCAAGUGCAGAACAAGGGAAUGGUUCAAGAUGCAGAUGGGUCUUGGGAGUUGAAGGAUCGCGAGGAAGACGACGAUGAUUUCUAAACAUUAUUAUGGUUUGAAUUUCCUAAAUAAUUAGAUGCACUAAUUAUUAUAAAUAAGUUGAAGAAACUUGUUUUAUGUGUUAAUAAGCCUUCUUGGAGACGGUUAGGUACACCAAGAAGAAGUCGCCUUCAGGUUUUAUGUGUUAAUAAUUGUUAUAAAUAAGUUCAAGAAACUUGUUCUUGUUUUUUUUAAA